AUGCUGAAACUAAUAGGUUCUCUCGUGCUCCUCGCCUCUGCGGCCGAGGUGAUUGCCUCUCCCCUCGCUGAGUCAGUUGCGCCGUCCAUAACUCUGGAGAAGCGCGCAUCUUGCACAUUCUCCGGGUCCAACGGCGCCGCUGCUGCGAUGGCUUCUCAGAAGGCUUGCUCCACUAUCGUCCUGUCAAACGUGGCUGUUCCGGCUGGCACGACGCUGGACCUUAGCGAUCUGGCAGAUGGCACCACAGUCAUCUUCGAGGGGGAGACAACCUGGGGCUACAAGGAGUGGUCCGGUCCUCUACUGCAGAUUUCCGGCAAAAACAUCAAGGUGGAGGGUGCGUCGGGUGCCACGCUGAACCCCGACGGCGCCCGCUGGUGGGACGGCCAGGGCGGCAACGGUGGCAAGACGAAGCCCAAGUUCUUCGCCGCGCACGGCCUCACCUCGUCGUCAUCCAUCACUAAUCUGCACAUCCUGAACACCCCCGUCCAAGCAGUUAGCAUCAACGGAUGCGAUGGCCUGACCGUCACCGACAUGACGAUCGACGAUUCCGCCGGUGACACCCAAGGCGGCCACAACACUGACGCCUUCGAUAUUGGAUCCAGCUCCAACAUUAUCAUUUCAGGCGCCAAGGUCUACAACCAGGACGACUGUGUCGCUGUCAACUCCGGCACAGGUAUCACCUUUACCGGUGGGCUCUGCUCCGGUGGCCAUGGCCUGUCGAUUGGUAGCGUUGGUGGCCGGUCUGAUAAUACCGUCGAGAAUGUGUCCUUUACGAACUCCCAGGUGACGAAGUCCGACAAUGGUCUCCGCAUCAAGGCCUCCAAAGGGAAGACUGGCACAAUCAAGGGAAUCACCUACUCAGGCAUCACCCUGAGCUCCAUCCGCAAGUACGGUAUCCUCAUUGAACAAAACUACGACGGUGGCGAUCUCAAGGGUGACCCGACGUCCGGCAUCCCCAUCACCGACCUGACCAUGGAGAACAUCAGUGGUAAAGGCGCCGUGGCGUCAAGCGGGCACAAUAUCGCUAUUGUCUGCGGCAGUGGGGCCUGCUCGAAUUGGACCUGGAAGAACGUCGAGGUCACCGGCGGGCAGACCUAUGGGAGCUGCGAGAACGUUCCUAGCGUUGCCCAAUGCUAG